AUGCAAAAUAUUCUUCUGAAAGAUAAUUCUCAAACACUUGUUCUUACUGAUUAUGGUACUGCAACACGACUGGGAAGAAAUGUGUUGACAAUUGAAGUUGGAACACCAAUCACUAUGGCACCAGAAGUAUUUGCUUAUGAUCAAUACAAUGAAAAAUGUGAUACAUAUUCGUGGUCAAUUGUUUUCUGGCAAUUGAUAUCAAAACAAGUAUUACCUUAUGGAAAUCAAGGCAAAAGUUUCUUAUUAUCUGUUGUACAAAAUCAACUUCGUCCACCUAAAUUGAACAACUGUCCAGAUUUGUUUGUUGCUUUGAUGUAUCGUUCAUGGCAUUCAGAUCCAAAUGAGCGACCAACAUUAUUAUUUAUAAAAAAGGUACUUCGAUUAAUAUUAAAUAUAUUACCGAAAAGAAAACAAGAAUAUACAAAAGAAAUGGCGAAUGAAAUUCAAAAUCAAUGGGUAAAGGAACAUAAUUUAUCAGAAAAAUAUUUACCACGUGAACCACGUUUUAAUAAUGAACAAUCAAUAAAUCUUUAUGAAGAACAUUUAAGAAUGAUGGAACGUGUUAUGAAAAAACAAAAAGAUAUAUCUGAAUUAAAACAAAAACAAGCAAAAGUCGAUCAUUAUGAUGAGUUAUUGCAUGAAAAUGAACAAUUACAAAAAAAAAUUGAUCAAUUACGUUCAAAAAUCCAAUCUUAG